CAUGGGACGAGUUAGGUGACGGCGUACAGUAUUCCUUCCCACCGAAUAAAACUACCCACAAUACAGUUCGCACUAACAACAUUCCAAGGCCCGAUGGCGGACGAUUCGGACGAGGAACGAGCAAACGCCAGAGUAGUACAAAACCAACCUUACGACGAAGCCCUAGAAAUCCCUGACGGCGAGGAAGUAGCAAGCACAUAUUCCCCUACACCCAGAGUGAACCCAGCAGGAGUCGGCAAACUGGCACUAGCACGCCCUCGAGGACCAGUACAACAAGUUAAAGAACGAGGAAAAAGUGUUGGAUCUAUGGAGUCUAAUUUAUCAGCAAACAACUCUGAGGAGGAAGAGGAGGAGGAAGAGGAUGAUGAUGAAUUUCCAGAUGAUAUGGGACAGAUGGGACAAAUGGGACAAAUGGACCAGAUGGGACAAAUGGAUCAGAUGGGACAAAUGGAUCAGAUGGGACAAAUGGAUCAGAUGGGACAAUUAGGACAAAGGGGUCAACAGCAGCGCGCUCCACCUGGUGGACAGCAAGGAGGAGGAACCCAACAACAGCAGUUUAACUCUGAGGACGAGGAAACAGACUCUUCUGAUGAAGAUGAUGAUGACGAUGAUGACGAUGACGACGAUGAUGAUCAUGCUCCUUUAGAAGGAGCUUACGAUCCUGCCGACUACGAAAACCUGCCCGUCACACCUGAGAUAAAGGAAUUAUUCCAGUAUAUUACAAGGUAUACCCCUCAGUCAAUCGAACUGGAACAUAAGCUGAAGCCGUUCAUUCCUGACUUUAUUCCAGCUGUCGGUGAUAUUGAUGCCUUUAUCAAGAUUAUCCGCCCUGAUAGCAAACCAGACACCCUCGGCCUGAAUGUGCUGGACGAGCCAUGUGCCAAACAGUCUGAUCCCACUGUCCUUGAUCUCCAACUCAGGGCCAUCUCCAAACAAACUACCGACAAAAAAGUGGUCGUGAAGAGUUUGGAAUCAGCAGAGAAGAAUCCCAAACACAUAGACAGUUGGAUAGAGAGUAUUCGUGAGCUGCGACGCAUACAACCACCCCCCAAUGUACAUUACUCAAAAAAUAUGCCUGAUAUAGAUACACUUAUGCAGGAGUGGCCACCUGAAUUUGAAGAAUUACUUAAAGAGGUUGGACUACCCACGGCAGAGUUGGACUGUGAUCUUGCAGAAUAUGUUGACUUAGUUUGUUCUAUACUGGAUGUACCAAUAUAUAAAGGAUCUCCACACAGAAACGAGAGGGUGCUAGCACUUCAUGUCAUCUUUACACUGUUCUCGGAGUUUAAGAAUUCACAGCAUUUCCGAACACUGGCAGAAGAAAACAAACUAGACAACAACUUAAAGGAAUCUAAUAGCUUUGGAGGUGGUGGUGGUGGUAUGGAUGACAACAGAUUAACAUUCUGAUACGACUCAUCAUCAUUACUGGACACACGGCAUCCAUUCAAAUUGUGACAUUUAUUAAAUAGCAUUUCAACAAAAUGUAUGAAAAGAUGUGAAUUCCUAAUAUUGUUGUUAAUGGACAAUAAGAUCUUCAGACAUUUGGACAAGGUGACAGGCUUGUCAGUCAUGAGAACAGACAUUUGGACAAGGUGACAGGCUUGUCAGUCAUGAGAACAGACAUUUGGACAAGGAGACAGGCUUGUCAGUCAUGAGAACAGACAUUUGGACAAGGAGACAGGCUUGUCAGUCAUGAGAACAGACAUUUGGACAAGGCGACAGGCUUGUCAGUCAUGAGAACAGACAUUUGGACAAGGAGACAGGCUUGUCAGUCAUGAGAACAGACAUUUGGACAAGGAGACAGGCUUGUCAGUCAUGAGAACAGACAUUUGGACAAGGAGACAGGCUUGUCAGUCAUGAGAACAGACAUUUGGACAAGGUGACAGGCUUGUCAGUCAUGAGAACAGACAUUUGGACAAGGCGACAGGCUUGUCAGUCAUGAGAACAGACAUUUGGACAAGGCGACAGGCUUGUCAGUCAUGAGAACAGACAUUUGGACAAGGAGACAGGCUUGUCAGUCAUGAGAACAGACAUUUGGACAAGGAGACAGGCUUGUCAGUCAUGAGAACAGACAUUUGGACAAGGAGACAGGCUUGUCAGUCAUGAGAACAGACAUUUGGACAAGGUGACAGGCUUGUCAGUCAUGAGAACAGACAUUUGGACAAGGAGACAGGCUUGUCAGUCAUGAGAACAGACAUUUGGACAAGGAGACAGGCUUGUCAGUCAUGAGAACAGACAUUUGGACAAGGAGACAGGCUUGUCAGUCAUGAGAACAGACAUUUGGACAAGGUGACAGGCUUGUCAGUCAUGAGAACAGACAUUUGGACAAGGAGACAGGCUUGUCAGUCAUGAGAACAGACAUUUGGACAAGGUGACAGGCUUGUCAGUCAUGAGAACAGACAUUUGGACAAGGUGACAGGCUUGUCAGUCAUGAGAACAGACAUUUGGACAAGGUGACAGGCUUGUCAGUCAUGAGAACAGACAUUUGGACAAGGUGACAGGCUUGUCAGUCAUGAGAACAGACAUUUGGACAAGGAGACAGGCUUGUCAGUCAUGAGAACAGACAUUUGGACAAGGAGACAGGCUUGUCAGUCAUGAGAACAGACAUUUGGACAAGGAGACAGGCUUGUCAGUCAUGAGAACAGACAUAGCCUGGAACCAAAUGUGUUCUCACCUACCAGCACUAGUUGUGUUACCUUUUAUUUAUAAACUGUUACAGAUGUUUCUUUUGCUACUUAAUAGUUCUUACUGUUCCAGUUUCAAAUUUAUUUAUAUAACAUAUCAUUGAAUAUUACGAUAACAAAAUCCGUCCUCAUGUUUAUUGUGUUAAGUAAAUAUAGGUUCAAAUCCUUUUCAUAAUGCUAAAUUUCAAUAGUAUGAAAAAAAAUGUAGAUAUCUUAUGUCUCUAAUAACACAACUGGUUGUCUCAGAUUUGGCGAAGAUUUUGAAAAGUAUCUUGUGUGUGAGGUUUUGAUUGACUUCAUCAAUUGAUGGAAACAAAGAAAUUUUCUAUAAAUCUGAAGACAUUUCUGUUGAUGUCGGAAAGAGACUUUUUUCUGAAUGGAAGUCACAAAAUGUAAUUUAUUGUACUUAGGUGAGGAAUAUAAUAUGUAUAUUUUGUAUUGAAAAUAUCAAAAGAUCUGAACUGUCAUUUGAUGAAAUUGAAAAAUAAAACUUGACGUAAAACAA